UAAGUGUUGCUAACGAGACGUUGAUGAAGCUUCGUAUUAACCGAAUCACAAAAAUAGAACAAGUAGACGGACAUUUCAUCCAAAAUGUCAAAAUUACAGUUGUUGCAAGCGUUUCUCUCCGAUCGAUUAACAACAAUGGCUGUAGAGAUAUCCGUGGUAGUGGAAAAUGCGUUUUCAGAGUACCAGGAUGAGAUGUCACGUUCAAAGGAGGAGAAUCAACGCCUGCAGAGGCUGCUGGAUUCGGUUUUUAAUCCCGAUCUGAAAUUACAUAAAGCAGACCCCCUGCAGCUCACUCUCACUGUCUCUGAAGACGAGGUUCCCUCUGACCAGCAGCACUCUGAGCAGGUUUGGAGUGAUCAAGAGGACACAGAGUUCUUCAUUCCCUGUGUGGAAAGUGACAGUGAUCAGGGCUCACACCACACUGGGAAAAACACCAAGAGGGACUCCCUAUCCACAAUUGCAGGAGAACAGAUCCAAACAAAACCUGAUGAAGAAGAUGACGGAAUAUCAGAAUCAACCAGUUAUGCUCCCCUCACACAGUUAAAGCCUCUAAAAAUCAAGAGGACACGGUUAAAGAAAGGACAAAGCUCUUACAUCUGCGCUGAGGUCAAGACAACCAGUGAGCUGAUUGCGCCAUUGACGGAUCACACAAGGAAGAGGUCCUACAGUUGUACUGAAUGCACAGCAACCUAUGACAGACCAUGUCAUUUGAAAACGCACAAGAGAACUCACACAGGUGAGAAACCAUUUGAGUGCAAAGACUGUGGUAAGUGCUUUAACCGCAAGUAUUGCCUACACGUGCAUAUGUUAACUCACACACGGGAGAAACCAUACUGCUGCCAUUAUUGUGGUAAAUGCUUCGCUCUAAACACAAGACUAAUAGAUCAUCUGAGGAUACACACAGGGGAGAAACCUUACAAGUGCCCUUUCUGUGCCAGAUGCUUUACAUUUCUAUCUCACUUAAGUCGUCACAAGAAGCUCCAUACAGGAGAGAGGCCAUUUCAAUGCAAUGUAUGUGGGAAAUGCUACACGCGGAAGGAGCACCUGACAGACCAUAUGAGAUCCCACACUGGAACAAAACCAUACAGCUGUAAGCAAUGUGGCAAAUGCUACAAACUGCAGGGAAACCUGAGAUCGCAUUUGGCGAGUCACACAGGGGGGAAAUCAUGCAAGUGCCCUGUGUGUGGACUAGGUGUUAUAAAUCUUAAUCGCCACAUGCAAGUUCAUGCAGGUGAGAAACCGCAUCAAUGCCAAGAUUGUGGGAAGUGCUUUAACCGAAAGGAAAAACUGACCGAGCACUUAAGGACUCACACAGGAGAGAAACCGUAUCGAUGUCAUGAAUGUGGUGAAUGCUUUAGGCUCAAUGUAACCCUGAAGAAACACAUGAUGACGCACACUGCUGCGGCAAGUACUUCUCCAUGAAAGAAGAUUGGAGAACUCAAGAGGACACACACAGGGACAAAUCUGUUCACUGCUCAGUGCAUUGCAUGUUUCAGCAAUAUUGUUUAGAUUUGAAUUUGAACAAUGUUUCAGUCAGAAGGGUACAAAAGCUGAAAAACAUACGCAUAUCCAGUCAGAAGGGUACCUUGAACUGUGACAUGCGGUUUUAAACGGGACAGAAACUGUAUAGGUGCAAUGAUUCUGGUCAAUGCCCUAAUAAAAAGGCAUGCUUGAAAAAACCCAAAAUAAAAACAUUUGCUGU